AUGCUCCUCCUCGCUGCAUCCACCCCCGCAACCCGCCAGAAAUCAAAGUCCUACGCGACGGGCAUCGCUGCAGGCGCAGAAGACGAAAAGUACCAGGCAAAGUACAAGGAACUUAAAAGAAAAGUAAAAGAAAUAGAACUCGACAAUGACAAGCUGCAGUUCAAGGUUUUGCAGUCGAAAAGAGCGAUACAGCGCAUGAAGGUCGAGCGAGCGUCAGUAUUGCAACUCUUCUUAUCUAAACCCAUAUUCAACUCGUCAAUCUCUAUCAACAGUGUUCUCUAUGAACGUCUCUCCGUCGUACCACCCUCUCCAACCUUCCAUGAUCGUCAAGCUCUUCCGCCUUUGCACCCUGGCUCUAGAGGCUCUCCCCAUUCUCACCCCGCUGGCAUCCCUGGAUAUCACCAACACCGCGACCACCAGCCAGAUCACGAUGAUCAUGCUCUCCUUGAAUAUGUGCGCACCCAUCCCAACGUCCGCGUCGUCUCAGGUCCGGAUGGCCGCCCUGUCCCAGUAUCAGGCAUCCCCAUUGGACCCGGCGUAGCUCCCUCCCAUUCCACGUCAGCGUCUCAUGCCUCAAAACGCGCUUCUGCCACAGGCCAUGAUUCCUCUCGCCAGCUCCCACCCCUCUCCCAGGUCACUCCUAUCCAACAUUUGGAACCGCCGAGGAUACAUGGCCACUCGCAGUCCCACAGUCCCAGGCUAAACUCUCACGGAAACCACUCCCGUUCACGAUCCCAGUCCCACUCUCGAGGACAUCAAGGUCCGCCCCAGGGAUACCAUCCAGGGCAGCCGCAGCAGUACUCUCCCGAGUUACUGCCUCCUGUGCAGCAUGUUCUUCAAAGUCCUCCCAUUCCUGUUGAGAGAGAGCGCUCAAGGCGUCACGAAAUGCACGAUCGCGGCAGCAUGCACGGACAUGGCGACUCUCAUAGCCAUGGUGGAAGAUACCAAGUGCCUCAUGCUCACCCGUCCACUCCAUCAUCACAGUUGGCGUCACCCACAAUUACCCGAAGUUCCGCCCGCCUUCACAAUCACCAGCGCGUAGGUCCCGGUGCAAAC